CGAGGGGGGCGCUGAGGGGGCAGUUGGAGGCCGGCGGGGGUUGGCUGUGGGGAGGAAGAGGAAGGGAGCGGGGGCUGCUCUCGAGGGCGGCUCAGGGAAGGGUUGGAGCGGGUCUCCCGGGGUGCGCCUAGCCGGUUCCUCGCCGUCGCCACUCGGUGCGGCGUCCCCUGAGAGAGCUUUCCAGCCCCCGGCGUUGUAGGCAGAAGCUCGACUGGGAGCUUCGCCUGCCCUUGGAAAGUACGUGGGGAAGGCGACAGGGGCAGACAGAACAGCAGAACUGGAAGGGGCCGCGAGGGUCAUCUAGCCCAGCCCAGGAGUCUUUCGCCCACCGUGGGGCUCGAACCCACGACCCAGAAAUUAAGAGUCUCACGCUAUACCAGCUGAGCUCACCCAGGCUAUCGACACACUAUUGAACCGCCUUGAGACCUGGUAUAGGGCGGUAUAUAAAUUCAAUGAAUAAUAAUAAAUUGAUUUAUAUCCUCUUCUUUUCCAUGCGGGGGUACAGCUUCCCCCGUUGAGUUUCUGCCUGCUGCUUAGGGGAACAGGUACCCAGUGGUGAUGGGGAAAGGGUAUCACACACACACACCCUCAGGGCAAAGCCCCCCAUUGUGUGCUCGUGCUGCUAUAUACAAGUCUAUUAUUAUUAUUAUUAUUAUUAUUAUUAUUAUUAUUAGUUGUAAGGGUGAUGAUUAGAUUAGAAGGGAGUGGAGGGACUCAGACUCAUAGCAGUGGCUAUGAGAGGAUAAAAUCCGGCUGAGGGAGAGAAGAUUGAGGGAAGGAAGCGCCUGAGGAUGCUCCAUGGAGGUAUAAGAUCUGAGGCUAGGCCUUAAAGCAGUCAUGGUGAAGGUUGGGGGGGGGGGUAUUUAUAGGCACUACUAGGAUAAAGGGCUGUCCAGGUUUGAGCUGAACUGAAGGGUAGAAAUGGAGGCAAUAGAAAGUGGAGGUGGGAUUUUGAAUGUGUUGUCGAAGCAAGGGCAGGAACAGAGCUGGGCUUUGUUGUUUAGGAUUAAAAUACGUCAGAAAUCAUACACAGCUGGAACAUUCAUCCGGUCCCUUUAAGAAGAAAGGUAGGGGGCAGGAGUAGAAAGGAGCUCAAAUUGCCUUGCAAAGAAUGCUACAAAGUCAUUACUGAUAAUUGGCUUGCACGUUCCUAUAUUAGUCAUUAUAACAUAAAAUAAAGCAAGAGCCAGAUUUUGUAGUACCCGGUACUUUUCUACCUUGUUGCCUGAUUCAUGAUUCUUGCAUGCAUUGGAUGAGUGGGUAGUUAUUUACAAGCCUGAGCUAGAAAGAGAAGUUGCAGGAUCUUGGGUUGGGUCAGUGUUUAUUGCUACCGGUAGUUAGGUAGUCAAAGCAGGUUAGUUCUGAAGUGCUCAACAGAGAUCCAAACUAGCUGGCUGAAGCGCAACUGACCAAUCUUUCUGAAAACAGUGGAUAACAGGCAAGAUGAAACAACUUGAAAAAUGGGCAGUAGUUCAUACUGGAUUAUUACUGGCCUAACAUAUGUCUGGAAAUAUAGAAAUACGGUUUCUGAUCAUCUCUUAGUUGCUAAAAGUGACUUUACAUGCAACGUUUUAGAUGUAUAGAUGUGAAGGUUAAAACAGUACAUAUAUUUAGAUCAUGUAUUAUAAAGUACUCUUUUUAGAAUAAUACAGAUUUGGCUGCCCUCUUCUCCCCAGCCCAUAUCCCUUGCUAAAUUGUGUGCAUAGUGGCAAGCCUGUAUUUGUUAUGUACAGUAUAGUGUAAAAGUUCCUUCCAUUCUUAUUGUAAGAUUUACGGCAGGAGUGGGCAACCUUUGGCCUACUCUCAGACAUUGCUGGACUCUGGUUCCCUUCAUCCCCAGCCUACAUGGCCCUGUGGUCAGGAAUAGUGGGAGUUGCAGUGUACCUGUAGCUGGAGGGCCAUGUGUUGCCCAUCUUUGAUUUUAUGCAUGCAACAUUGUGAUACUAACCUCUGUAUAGUUACAGGUAGGUAGCCGUGUUGGUCUGAGUCGAAACAAAAUAAAAAAAUUUAUUCAGUAGCACCUUAAAGACCAACUAAGUUUUUAUUUUGGUAUGAGAUUUCGUGUGCAUGCACACUUCGUCAGAUACACUGAAACAGAAGUCACCAGACCCUUAUGUAUAUUCAGAGGGUGGGGGUGAUGGGAAUGGGUGAUGGGCUGAUAGGAGUGGUAAACCUGCUGAUGACUGUUGUUGUUGUUGUUUAGUCGUUUAAUCGUGUCCGACUCUUCGUGACCCCAUGGACCAUAGCACGCCAGGCACUCCUGUCUUGCACUGCCUCCCGCAGUUUGGUCAAACUCAUGUUCAUAGCUUCGAGAACACUGUCCAACCAUCUCGUCCUCUGUCGUCCCCUUCUCCUAGUGCCCUCAAUCUUUCCCAACAUCAGGGUCUUGGUCUUGCGGGGAAAUACAUAAUCAAGCUUUCCUUAGCACCUCAGCCCUUGCUCUCCCCCCCCCCCAAGACCAAUUGCAGUCAUUAACAGUCGUUAACAGUCAUCAACAGGUUUACCACUCCUAUCAGCCCAUCACCCCCACCCUCUGAAUAUACAUAAGGGUCUGGUGACUUCUGUUUCAGGUGUAUCUGACGAAGUGUGCAUGCACACGAAAGCUCAUACCAAAAUAAAAACUUAGUUCAUCUUUAAGGUGCUACUGAAGGAUUUUUUUUAUUAUUUUGUAACCUCUGUAUAUUUCCACUUUCCUGUUCCCUAUUGCUACUGCCUGCAAAGUUUAAGCAAAGGUGUAACUUAGUCUCCUAACUAACAUGGGUAAGUAGAGAAAUCUUUGUUUAUCACUUGCUGUUUUUCCAGCUCAGGCUUUAAACAUCUCUCCUACUGGUAUUGCAAUGCUUGGUCUGGUGAAACACUAGUUCCUCACUAAUUUAUUUUGCUUCCACCACAUUCUCCAGCUUUACCAUUUUGUAACUGCUGCAACUUGAGCUCUCUCAUGGUGGUGGGGAAAAGGGCAUGCCAAAAAGGUUCUCCAUUACAGAGCUGUGAUUAUGGAGUUUGUCCAUAUUCUCAUCCAGUGUUCAGGUAUUAUUUUGAAUAAAUUCUGUACUCAGUAUCACAACCACUGUAGUACACUUUGGAUGUAACAUCCAGAAAGUAUCUUCCCUGUUUGUGGCAAGAACUGGGCAAAGUGAAUGUGUUUGGCAAGAAGUAAUAAACUAAUUAGAAAUCACUAGUUAAUUAACAAGCAACAUUAAUUAUGACUCAUUCGUUUAUUAACUUAGCGAAGGAUUAUUUCCUUUGUUGCUAGUGCUGCAAAACUAGCCUGGAACUCCAUGUGCUAAUUUCACCUUUCUCAGAACAGCAAGAGCUGCAAAGUUAUAUUUGUCUUUUUGAAGAUAUUUUUAUGAAAAACAAAAAAGAGCACAUAGCCACAUGCAUUGAGGUGUUUCUUCUGGACCUAGGGCAGGCUUGAGGGUGCGAGGAAGAAGCAAGAAUGAAGAAAGCAUAUCAAAGCAGAUGUGGCAGAUGAGAUGGAAUAAUAGCUAGAACAGAUACUAGCUGUGAGCUUUGAAAAUGUAGGCAAGCAGAAGGGCAGAGGAGAGGUACUGUGCGUGAAAAUGAGUGCUAUAAGAAAUGCAGGUUUCAAGUAGGACACUGUGUGACGUAAUAUGCACAGAUUUAGCUUUGUAUGGAACAGUGAACCAGAAACAUGUGUUUACAGAGAUUCUUAUUUGGCUCUCAGAUUUCUGUGCUGUCCUGUGAUCUUUCUGCUCAUUUAAGGAAACACAUUUUUAGUACUGAUAAGUCCUCUCAUUAAGCUUUCUCUGAUAAUUACAGAAUGACUGAAGACUUAACAGACAAUGGACCGAAUGUAUCCUGAUGGCAUUUUGUGCAUGGAGACAUGUUGCUUACUAUGGCAUCUGAGACUGAAAAGGCCCAUGCUCUUCUCCAGUCAUUCAGCACAGCUUCUGUAAUUUCAAGCCUAGGAUUGGGGUUUUUCUGCUUUGUAGCAGAUAGGCUUCUGCAGUUUGCUGUCAUUCAGCAGAAUGACUGGCUGCGAGCACUCUCUGAUAACACUGUGCAUGGUGUUGUGGGAUUUUGGUCUUGGGCAAUAGUGAUAGGACUCAAGAAGAAAAGUGACUUUACAGAAGUCAUUUUAGCUGGCUUUCUUUCAUCUGUCAUUGAUGUGGAUCACUUUGUUCUAGCUGGAUCUCUUUCAUUACAGGCUGCCCUGACUCUCCCACGAAGACCAUUCCUUCACUGUUCUACUGUGAUCCCUCUUGUGUGUUUGACAUUAAAGUUUAUUAUGCACCUUUUCAAGCUGAAGGAUUCCUGGUGCUUUCUUCCCUGGAUGCUGUUUAUCUCUUGGACUUCGCAUCACGUUCGAGAUGGAAUUCGUCAUGGCCUGUGGAUCUGCCCAUUUGGAAAGACUGCGCCCUUGCCUUACUGGCUUUAUGUGGCAAUCACGGCAUCGUUACCUCAUCUCUGUUCUUUUAUUAUGUAUUUAACAGGAACAAGAGAACUGAUGGCAACCAAACAUGGGAUGCGUAUUGAUGUCUAAUGAUAAUCUAGAAUGGUAGUGUUUGCAUCGCUGAAGUAAUUGCCUCAUGUUUUCUGAGUUAGGUCUAAACCACUGCUGCACAAGGUAAUGAACAUGCCCAAGCAAUCUCAUUAGCGUCUCCUGCACAUUUUAUUUUAUUUUCCAAAAUUGCUUAAGUAUUUUGUAAAGUAUCAGUAAUGGCAGCUAUUCACUUCCAUGCCCCUCCCUUUGCCAGUCUCACAUUUUUUUGGGAUAUAUUGCUUAAAGAAAUCAUAUCGGUGUACAUUUUUAGGUGUUCACUUAAAAAAUGGUAAUGUGUGAGUUGGCCAGCAAAAGUGUAAGGAGGGCAAUUGUGUUGAACAGACAGGUUUGUGGGGAAUGUUGUGUUUUCCUGAGUCUGCCAGAAAAUUCCUUUAUGCCUUAAUGUGAACGGCAUGCCAUAUUAUAUAUUUUUGUGAGGGGAGUAUGGUUUUGCAUGCAGCUAUUUUUGUUAGUGCUACCCUGAAAGAAACAAUAUGCUGCUAAGGCACAGUUUAUAUAUAUUUUAUAUCACCACAAUGCAAUUGGGUGAGUUAAAUCAUAGCCUCUUCAAGUCUAAUUUUAUAUGUGUUUUAUAAACACAGGGCACCAAACAUUAUCAGUUGAAAUCCUCUACCUUAAAAUGGUCUGGGCUCUUGUCCUUUCUAGCUAGGUUCCAGGAAAAGUUCAACUUUAGCUAGAUUCCCAUGGGCAGUGUUUCUGAAAUGCUUUAAUUUGUUGUCUUAUUUUAUUAUAUUUAUUUUAGUGAAUGACAGCACCUCUUUGCUUUGUUAACUUGUACUGUAAUAGCAUUGUGUUUUGUUUACUACAUACCAGUUCAUUGUAAGUUAAGAGACUUUAAGCAGCUGGCUUAGGCUGCAAUCCUAUGCCUGGAGAGAGACUCAGUGAGCUAAGUGCGACUUACUACUAAGUAGAAAUUCAUAGGAUUGCACUGAAGUAGUCCCUUGUGGGGGCCUUUUUCUUAAUGAGUUUAGGGACUACUGGUAAAUGUGUAGUGUAGAACACUCUUGCAAACUUUGCAUGUAUGAAAGUGCAGGUUUGAUUUCAAAGAAAGUUCUCCAUAUUAAUAGCCAGAACAUUUGUGUGAAAGCUAAUGGUGUAAGUACUGGAAGAGGUAUAAGGCAGUGUUUCUCAACCUUUUUUGGGCCACGGCACACUUGUUCCGUGAAAAAAAUCACGAGGCACACCACCAUUAAAAAAGUUAAAAAAUUUAACUCUGUGCCGCCCUAUAUUAUAAUUAUGACUGUAAGAAACACUUGCCAAAUAUUGCUUUCCGGCGGGUCAGUGCUGAGUGUUGGUGGCCGCCAGGCUCAUUUGCACUGAGCUUUGGGAAAGAGGAGGAGAAAUAUUGCUUUCCGGCGGGUCAGUGUUGUAUAUUGGCGGCCGCCAGGCACAUGACAAUGCAAAUCGCCCUUCUCAUCGCCGCACGUCGCGGCACACCAGCCAGCGUCUCGCGGCACACUAGUGUGCCGUGGAACAGCGGUUGAGAAACGCUGGUAUAAGGAAUAGCUCUCUUCAGGGUUGUUGUUUUUUGCAGACUCCAUCUAGGUAUCUUCAUAUUAGUAUUAGCUUUCCGGAUCUUAGCAUCACUCUUAGCAGUUGUGGAUAUUACAGAAUUGCUAUCAACCUGUUUCCCAAUACAUCUUCCAUGAUAUUGACAUAUUCACAUCUCCGUUAGUAUAGGCACUGCAUUGAUCCUAAGUUUGAAUCUUGAAAUCCUGUUAGAGUUGUAGCUGAUCCCUGAGCACACGGAAGAUGCACUCCUUGCUGCUACUUAUCCCCAUAGUGUUGUUGCUUAAUGCACUGAAGAAGCCCUUAGAAAGUGCUCCUAGGGAGACUAAUUGAUGUUGGGAAAUGGACCUGAAGGCCAUAGGAUAAAUAUUGUCCAAAUAUUUUAAGCUUUCUCCAGACAUUUUGGAGAGAGCUUCCAUCAUCGCCCACUGUUGACUAGGGUUGACAAGAGUUGUAGGCCAAACAUCUGGAGAGACAUUUGGGAAGGCUAUGACAUCUGGAGGGCUACAUGUUAGCCACCACUAAUUUGCUGCCAUUUAUAGUUUGUUUGCUUGUUUUAAAAAUGAUACCGUUUAAUAAAAUAAAAACUUCUAAGCAGUUUACAUAAAAACAAUAAAAAUACAACUUUCAAUAACAUUUCCUAAGCAUUAGAUAAAAACAAAAUGCAGCUGUACAGCACAAAUAAAACUGAGCAGUGUACAAAACAAAAUAAAGAUUGAGUUGAGAAUCCAGGAAAGCUUGGGUAAACGUACAAAUUUCUAAGAGACAUUUUUAAGAGGGUAGAUGUUAUCACCAAGUAACAUUUAGCACAACCAGCAGGGUUUGUUCGAAAGAUCGUAAAUAAUGGCUUGGUCUGUACUGGGGCAGUACAGAUCUUUAAACGUCAACAACAAAAACUUGGAACUAAUUAACACACUUUUGGUUCAUUGCAAAACAUCUUACACCUGAUGUGAACAAAUGUAUUUAGUAGUAUGAACACAAAUGAACACAGACAAGAAUUGUUAAGAUUUUCUUAUCAUUUGGGAAUCUCUUCUAUAGAUUUUUUAAAAACUCCAUAUACAAACUAUUAUACCAGGGGACCAGUCUUGCCAAUUAACCGUCAUCCUAAAAUUUCAUGGUUUCUUACAAGUUUUUGAAGAAAGGUCCAAGUUAUUGAAAUUUAACAUAUACUCAGCAAUCAGCUCCUCUUAUGACUAAUAUAUCAGCCAUGGUUUCAGGGGUACUCCCUGCAGAUAUUUUCCUGGCGGUCAUUUUCUUACCACUGUUCCACUUCCCAGUUACUUGGAGCAAGCUCUGUACUGGUGCACUCUGACUUAAACAGACUGCUAUGUCACUUGCCUCUGUGAUCUCUACAAUCAUCUACGCAGACAAUCAAGCCUAGGUUAGUACUUUGAUUCCCUGCAUUGGUCAGAGAAUCAUAGGGUGAACUUUAACACAGUUUUACUCAGAGUAGACCCAUUGAAAUUACUAAACAUGACUAAUGUCCUUUAAUUUCAUUAGGUCUGCUGUGAGUAUCAUUUAGUUGGAAUACUGCACACAGAUAAUAGUGCAGAUAAUGCAACUUUAUUGCUUUAAGCCAUUUUUUCUGUGUUGAGCAGGAGCCUUAUUUGAAGUUGUUUAGCACAAUGCCAAAAAUCCUAGUUCAAUAUUUUUAUUUUAACGAAGAGGUAUAUAUAUUUUUCCUAAACAAAGUAUUUUGGGAAUGUGCUGCUUUUCCCAGUUAGGUUAAUUGUCGCUGUGUCAAAUAGAACAGUGUUCAAUUUAGUGACUGAGGUUUUAGAAAGCAAUUUGCCACAAAACACUAAUUACAUGAAAAUUAUUAUAUUUCUCUGAUGGCCUUAAUAAGAAAAUAAUCAGCAACCCCAAAUAAAAAUCAUACUGUUUUGUGAGUAUCUUAUUUUUUAAAAAAAUGCCGUUGUUGUUCUGAAGAUGGAUACAAUUUUCACAUCCAAAUACCGGUAAAUUGCUAUCUACUCAUGUUUGGGUGCCUUAAGGGUUUUUAGUGCAUGUCACACAACUUACUGGCCAGCAUUUUGUUCAAAGCUUUAGAGCUAAAUUGCUAUAGGAUUCAGUCCUGCAAACAGUGGCACACAAUUCUAGGAAGAUUUAUCUGUUGAUAAAUUGUAUGAUUGCAAACCUUAUGGGGGACUUGUGUGUGUGUCAUUAUCUCUGUGGUUGGCUUCCUGCCUUUGGGAUACAUCAGGGGUCCCCAGACUUACCGAGCGGCGGGCCGGUGCCCGCCGCGCCGACCGCGCGGUGGGCCGGACGGCAGGGGAGUGCGCGCGCAGCGGGCCGGAGGGCGGGGGAGUGCGCGCCCGUGCGCAUGCGCACACGCACACGGGCGGGGAAAAAAUCGCCGAA